AUGGCCCCGGAACGCGUUGUCUUGCCCAAGAAUGUCACUCCUGUGCAUUACGAUUUGAAGCUGUGGCCAAACUUCGAGACAUUUAUCUUUUCAGGAGAGGUUGCCAUCCAAGUCAACGUUCAUGAACCCACACAUGAGAUCAAGGUCAACGCCAAAAAGCUGACCAUCAGCAAGGUUACAAUUACUGUCGCGGAAGAAACACACGAGGCCACCGACAUCGACUGCUCGCAGGACCAGCUCGCGGCUUUUACCUUUGCACAAAAGAUCCCCGUCGGUCCUGCGGUUCUCGAGAUCGAGUUCAAGGGUGAACACAAUGAUCGCAUGAAUGGUUUUUAUCGUUCUUCGUACAAGGAUACUGACGGAAACACAAAGCACAUGCUUGUCACCCAGUUCGAGGCCUGUGAUGCCCGUCAGGCCUUCCCUUGCUGGGACGAACCCGCUGUCAAGGCGACUUUUUCAGUCGUGUUAGUUGUUCCUUCUGAACUUGAGGCUUUGUCCAACAUGCCCAUCAAGGAAAUGACUGCGGUGGACCCAGCUGUCAAGACAGUGUACUUUGAGAAAACGCCCAUCAUGUCGACCUAUUUGGUUGCGUUUGCAGUCGGCGACUUUGAGUACAUUGAGACCACCACCACCAAGCUCGAGAAGCCAGUGACCUGCCGUGUGUAUACUUUGCCUGGUCUCAAGGAACAGGGGCGUUUUGCCCUCGAGAUCACGCCCAAGAUCCUGGAGUACUUCACCGAGAUCUUCGGCGCAGAAUACCCACUUCCCAAGUUGGAUCACAUUGCCGUCCCUGACUUCGAUGCCGGCGCCAUGGAGAACUGGGGUCUCAUCACCUAUCGAACUGUCGCCCUCUUGUACGACGAGAAGACCUCGGCGGCAUCGAACAAGGAGCAGGUCGCUUCCACAGUCGCGCACGAGAUUGCGCAUCAGUGGUUUGGAAACUUGGUCACGAUGGAAUGGUGGGAGCACCUUUGGCUGAAUGAGGGGUUUGCCACCUGGGUUGGAACCUUGGCAGUCGACCACCUCUUCCCCACCUGGGAAACCUGGUCAAACUUUGUUAUCAGCGAGUACCAACAGGGACUUAGCCUGGACUCUCUUCGCAGUUCGCAUCCUAUCGAGGUCCCUGUCUCGGAUCCUCACGAGAUCCACCAGAUUUUUGAUGCCAUCUCCUACUCCAAGGGUGCCUCUGUCAUCCGUAUGCUGAGCAACUGGCUCACUGUCGACGUGUUCUUGGCUGGAAUCCGUCGCUACCUCAAGAAGCACGAGUACGAUAAUGCCUCCACAAAUGAUCUCUGGGACGCGCUCUCUGUGGAAUCCGGUAUCGAUGUUCGCGAAUUCAUGAACACCUGGACCCGCGUCAUCGGCAUUCCCAUCCUGAACGUUACUGAGGCUGAAGGGCUUGUUACUUUGGAGCAGCACCGAUUCUUGUCAACCAACGAUGUCAAGCCCGAGGAGGACGAGACUGUUUGGUGGGUUCCCCUGGGUGUGUACCCCAAGCCUGCUUCGAUUGCUGACCCCAACCAGACCUUGAAGACUCGUGAAUUGAAAUUCGAGGCACCACGAUCCAAGGAUGGCGAAAAGUUUUAUUUGAUCAACAAGGGCUUCACAGGGGUCUUCCGCACCAACUACCCGCCCAGUGCUAUUCGCCAACUUGGCCUGGCUAUUCAGGCAGGAGAUCCAGACUUGGGUGUCACUGAGCGAGCAGGUCUCUUGGCUGACCAAUCUAGUCUGGCUACGUCAGGUCACAGCGGCGUGGAGCAUCUUUUGGACCUGAUCCAAUACUACAAGAACGAGAAGGCAUUUGUUGUUUGGGACCUCUUGCUCAAUAAGCUCGAUAACAUCACGCAGGUAUUCAGUGUGAACGAGCGUACACACGAGGCCAUCAAGCAUUUCCAACGCAAGUUGGUCCACGACCUCGCCCAUGAGCUCGGCUGGGAGUUCCCCAAGGACGAAGACUACCUUCGUACGCGUCUCCGUGGGGCCAUCCUCUCGUGUGCUGGUCGAUCAGGCCAUGAGGCCACCGUCAAGGAGGCCCUUCGUCGGUUCAAGCUGUUCUUUGAGGAAGGCGCUGAUAAGGACGCGAUCUUACACCCGUCGACUCGUAGGACGACCUUUGAGGUUGCUGUCUCUCAUGGUGGAGUGAAGGAGUUUGAGCAGAUCCUGAGCUAUUACAGGACGACGCUCAAGCAAGACCAGCAGGUGAUGUGCCUGAUGUCCCUGGGCUCUGCAGUCCAUGGCGAGGACCUAAUCCAGCGCACGUUUGAUCUCGCGAUGUCGGACGACGUGCGGUCUCAGGACUUUGUGUAUGUGCUUGCGGGUCUGGCCACGAAUAUCAAGGCGCGUCAUGCAGCAUGGACGUGGAUCAAGAGCAACUGGACGACGAUUCAGGAACGUUUCACUGGCAACAUGGGUAUGCUGGGCUACUGUGUCAAGAUUCCGGUCAACAAGAUGGCAAGCGUUGAGGUGUUGAAGGACCUGGACGACUUUUUCGCAGACAAGGACGUAAAGGACUUUGAGCGAGACCUAGAGCAGGCCAAGGAAGGACUCCAGAUCCGUAGCAAGUGGGUGGCUCGAGAUGGCGCUGCUCUUGAGUCGUGGUUGGUGGAACAGGGAUACUAA